AUUCGAGGAAGGAAAAUAAAACGCACAAAACAAAAACAAAAAAAACCGAGAAAACAAGCUUUUCCUUCUUCAUCAUGAAUCAAGAUUCCGAUCAUCCUCAGCUUCCCAACAUCAAGAUCCAUCACCCUCCUUCACCUCGUCACUCUCACCACCACCACUCCUCUUCCACUCCCUCCUCCGCCGCAACCCCUACUCCCACCGCCGGAGCUCGCCGUAAGAUCGGAGUCGCCGUCGAUCUUUCCGACGAGAGCGCUUUCGCCGUCCGUUGGGCCGUUGAUCACUACAUCCGUCCCGGAGACGCCGUUGUUCUUCUCCACGUUUCACCUACCUCCGUCCUCUUCGGCGCCGAUUGGGGACCUCUCCCUCUCAAAACCCUUGAAGACCCAUCCGCUCAAUCUCAGCAGCCUAGCCAGGAGGAUUUCGAUGCCUUCACUUCAUCCAAAGUCGCCGAUCUCGCCAAGCCCUUGAAGGAAAGUGGGUUUCCUUACAAGAUCCAUAUAGUCAAGGACCACGACAUGAGGGAAAGGUUGUGUCUUGAGAUCGAGAGGCUUGGUCUCAGUGCUGUGAUUAUGGGAAGCAGAGGUUUUGGUGCUGAGAAGAAGAGUGGAAGUGAUGGGAAGCUUGGCUCGGUUAGUGAUUACUGUGUUCACCACUGUGUUUGUCCUGUAGUUGUGGUUAGAUAUCCUGAUGAUCGUGACGGGCCUGUGCCUGUUGUUACCGUCAAAAGUGGUGUGGAUGAUGAUGAUGACCUUGUUGAGGCUGCUAAGCCCGUUGCUCACCAUGAACACAUCAAAGAUGAGUAACGCUUCCAGGGAUCUGAUCAGGUUCGCACUCUUUACAGCAUCCAGGUACACAAAUCAAGUAGGAGCUGUAGCGGAAUGGUCAGAGGAGUGUUUGUGUGUUCUAUCCAUCUUUAGCUAUCACGAUGUUUAGGAAUUUCUCAGGGUUGUUUGGAAUCUCUUGUUUCUCCAUGUAGUGGUUUCUCAAUUACACAUGAAGAACUUUGUAUGAUUAUUGAUUUGUUUUCUCUUUUAGAAAGAAAAAAAAAUUAUGAUGACAAACAU